CUCUUAUUUGUGGAAAACCCUAAUAUACUGAUCCAAGUCCAAGUUGACCAUCUUAACACCCUAUUUUGAGUUUAGUCCGAGGACCAGGAGUAGGACAGAGGAGGGCAUUGGAAGAAAAGAAGGAAAAAAUAAAAGGAAAGAGGGGGGGGGGGGGGUGUGAAAAGGGCCGAGACAUGGCUUUGGGGGGAAGGGUCACUCCCAACUAAAGUACUGCCACGAAAUGGGAGGGAAUGUGUGUGCGUGUGUAUGAAAUAAUGGGCGGGACAACAAUGGGAGAAAAUACGGGGAGCGCAAAAACUGCUCUCGUGCCCUAGAUCAAUCACUUCCCGCCAAAAACUUUUAUAUCUCUCUCUCUCACUCUGAGUAGACCCCGGAGCGAUAAUCGGGUUUGAAUUCGAAAUCCAUGGCAGGAUGGUCGAUUUUAACUGAUGGGUCUGCUCUAGAUCGCGCUGAAGUCCUUCGACAUCUUCAGAGUAAUGGCUUCUGCUUGGAUCUCGAUGCUUCACUGAAGGGGAGUGUAGAUAGUGGUUGUAAAGACAAGCUCCGAUGUCUAUUCGAUCAGAUUCUUUCUGUUUUUCUAAAAGAGAUCUCUACCGGUGGAGAUCUUCGGCCUUUACCUCUAAUGCUUGGUGAUGGGCGGUUUGUAGAUUUGUUCAAACUCUUCUGGGUUGUGAGGAAAAAGGGCGGAUACGAUUGUGUGUCUAAGAAUAGGUUGUGGGCUUCCGUGUCAGAAGAGGUUGGCUUGGGUUCGGGCGUCACGUCUUCUGUGAAGCUGGUUUAUGUAAAGUAUUUGGAUACGUUAGCUCGAUGGUUACAGAGAAUCUUUAGAAAUAAGGGCUUUACAGUAGGUUUAUCGGACUGUGGUGGUAACUUGGGUUUGUUUUCCGUGGAGUUAGAGACCGAAUCCAUAGUUAUGCCGUCCCAGAUGUCAGAGGAAAAGAAGAAAGAAGGUGAUUCGAUUAAGUUGGAUUCAGCUAAGAACGAGUUUCAUUUGUUAGCCGCGGAAAACACGUGUAACGCACCUGAGAUAAGAAGUGUGAUCGAGUUGGACAGUGACGAGAAACUUGCUGACGACGAGGAAGAUGUUAUACUCUUGGAUAAAAGCCUUGUUAAUGAAGAUUCAUUUUCUCGUAAGAGAAAGCGAGAGUCUCUAUCAGGAAUGCUGAAUUGGGUGACCGAGAUUGCCAAGAAUCCUGGUGAUCCUGCCAUUAAAAUGUUACCAGAAUGGUGUGGAGGUAGCGACUCCUGGAUGCACGCUCUGUUGGCACGUGAGGCAUUAUUUCUAAGAAGGCAAAUUCCUUCAAGUUCUGUACAGUCUCUCUUGCAGAAAAAGCAGAAGAUGCAUCCCUCCAUGUAUGAGGAUCAUAGUGGUGGUGAUAAUUCUACAGAGAGAUUGAGAUGCAGCGAGAGACUACUUUCUCUGAAAAAAUCUCACUCACUUCCAUGUUCCAAGUCAUCCAAAAGUGACUUAAAUAUGGGCCUAACUCCUUGCAUGAAAGUGCUGGAGAAUAAUACCCGUGACCGGCAAUUGCUUGUUUCUGUUGGUUCUUUGACUGCAAACAUGGAAAUUGGUUUGCACAGUGAUGAUUACUUUCAGAAGCAGGUUUCUGUGGGCCCAAUGUAUCAAGCUGAAGUUCCAGACUGGACUGGUGUAGCUUCUGAAAGUGACUCUAAAUGGUUGGGUACACAGAUUUGGCCACUGGGAUCAGGUGAACGCAUUUCUGUAAUAGAAAGAGAUCCUAUUGGCAAGGGGAGAUUAGAUUCAUGUGGCUGUCAAUUUUCAGGGUCCGUUGAAUGCAUUAGAUUUCACAUAGCGGAGAAAAGGAUGAGACUGAAGAUUGAAUUGGGGUCGGCUUUCCUUCGUUGGAGGUUCAACUACAUGGGGGAGGAAGUUUCACUUUCAUGGACAGAGGAAGAAGAAAAGAGGUUCAAGGCUAUAGUGAGGUUAAAUCCACCGUCUCUGGACAAGUGUUUCUGGGACCAGGCAUUUAAAUCUUUUCCUACUAAAAAGAGGAGGGACUUGGUGAGCUAUUAUUUCAAUGUGUUUGUUCUUCGGCGAAGAAGUUAUCAGAAUCGGGUGACCCCAACCAACAUCGACAGUGAUGAUGACGAAUCGGAUUUUGGAUCUUUAAGUAAUGGUUUUGGGCAUGAAACAGUAAAGGUUGCAGGGUCUAAAUCCGUCUCAUGUGCUCAGAAUAAGCAAUGUAUUGAUUUAGAAGGACGCUCAUACGUGGGCUAGAUAUCAAGAUUGUGCUCAGAAGUGUAAAUUUAAUUAGAUUUUACGAGUCGACUAUUGAGUGAUUGCCAAUGAAGAUCUAGAAAUGCUUUGCAACCCCACUGGCCACAGCCUUUGAGAACUGUAUGGGUCUGUCCAACGAUCGUCAUGGUUAUGUAUGACCUAUGGGUUGGAUAAUUUUGGAUGGUUGAUUGGAAACAUGGCUUCGACCGACUGACAGAGCGAAUUACACGGAUCCUGUUUGAAUUCAGCCUUUGCUGUUCAUGCAUUUCUAGGCCUUGCAUGUAUUGUAACGGUGGUGGCAAAUCACUAGGAAAAUAUAAUACAGCAAACUCAUGCUCUAAGCAAAUGUCAGAGAGAGAGAGAGAGAGAGUAGAAAUGGUAUUAUAUAACAAUUUUUUUCUUCGGAAUGUUCAUGGUCAAGUCUCAGCUAUUUGUAAUGAUUUCUUCAAUAGGAGGUUAGAACAGACUCGAUAGAUUUAGCUUUUCCUAUAGAGAUUAGAAAGGGAGGAUACGCGUUUUUGUGUUUUACAAUGCCCAAUCUGAAUUGUUGUCUAAUGUUACAUGUUAACAGUACUAUUGAUUUGUUUUUUUUUUUAAAUUUAAGAAAAAAGUUCCAAUUUGCCUC